AGGCAAAGAGAGCACACGCAGGCAAGCAUAGUGGGCCAUGGAUAACCGGGCCGGCAAUGUAUGUUGGGCUUCGCUCAUCGAUGGGGUCCUGAUCGAAAUCUUCUCAAAGCUGGACUUUGAUUCGCUGAUAUCAGUAGCAAGCGUGUGCCAUUCAUGGCGCUGCGUGGCCCAUUAUACAGAGUGCUGGGAUCAUGUCCACUUCUGUCAUCAUGAAAGAUUCGUAGACAACUACAUCAAAGAAACCGUAGCAGUGGAUAAUCAAGAGAGGCUGUUCAGGGAAUCUAAAUACAUGAUAAGGCAUGUUGGAGCUGGAGCCAAGUCGAUUUGUGUCCGCCCGAUUGCUGACGAGACAAUGGUCCAGAUGAUCGCUGACAGAUGCCCGUCCAUUGAGUCAAUCUCCCUUCGAGAUUGUGAUCAAAUCUCACCAGCCACUCUUCUCAAUCUAAUCCGCACUUGCAAGCACCUGAAACUCAUCGAUGUUAAGUCCUGCUCUGCAAUCUCCACAUCAGUGAUCGAAGAAAUGGGUCAAUCUUGUACAAGCCUCAUGGGUCUCAAUUUGGGCAGUCUAAGAGUGACAGAAGAAGUGGCAACAGCGAUAGGGAAAUUCAUGCCAAAACUCAAGUGGCUCAACCUCAGCAGGACCACUAUAUCUUGUGAAGGCCUUUGUAGCAUUCUAGACGCGUGCACUGACCUAGAUCACGUUAGCGUCAACUGCUGCCGUCGAAUAAUCAUGAAGGAUGAGCUCAAGAACAGGGUCAGUAGAAUUGCAGAGUUCAACUACUCGAAACGCAGACCAAUUUUCGGUUCACCUUUAUGUCGUCGUAGAAGACUUCCACGGCCAUGAGCUUUGGUAUCUUUAAACAUGUAUUGCAUGUAAUUCAGAGUUCAAGUACUUCAAAGAUCUGGGUCCGGAUCCAUGGCUCAGUGGAAGACAAA